AUGGACUGCACAUACAAGACAAACAAGUAUAGACAACCGUUGUUUGAAAUAGUUGGUAUGACAUCAACUAAAUUAACAUUUGCUGUUGCAUUUGCCUAUAUGGAAUCAGAGCAGACAGAGACUUUUUGUUGGGUAUUGGAUAAGUUGAAACAGUUGUUUAUCAAGCAGGAUGAUUGUCCCCAGGUAAUCUUGACUGAUAGAGAUCUUGCUUUAAUGAAAGCCAUUGAAACAGUAUUUCCAAAGACAACUAAUUUGCUUUGCCGAUUUCACAUCAACAAAAACGUGAAAUCAAAGUGUAAGGAACAUGUUGUGGAUGAUAUGCGAGAAAAUGUGGAGAAAAUGUGGUUUGAACUUACAAGGGCUAGUGAUGAGAUCGAGUAUCAUCAAAGGUUGAAACAACGUGAGGAUGCAUGUGUUGACUCCAAAGGUUUUAUUGAUUAUGUGAAUGAAACAUGGUUGACACCUCACAGACAUCGAUUUGUCGAAGCAUGGAUCAAUCAAGUGUUACAUUUGGGCAACACCACAACAAAUAGGGUGGAGUCUGCGCAUUGGAAACUUAAGCAAAUAUUAGAGAAUAGCUUUGGUGAUUUAUGCAAAUGUUGGGAGGCUAUGAAUGACAAUAUCAAGAUACAAGUGGGCAACAUUAGAGCUUCAUUUCAGAAGAGUUUUUAUGAAGUUGAGCAUGCACACACUAGUCCUUUUUAUUCAAAUUUGCGUGGUUCAGUAUCAAGAGCUGCAUUGAGGCAGAUUGCUGAAGAGUGGUUGAGGAUUGACAUGUUAGGGAGAUAUACAUUGAGUGGUGAUGCUAUACCAAUUGAGGCUAUUCAUAUUCAUUGGAGGAAACUAAGUAUGGAAGGAAAUCAAGAUAUAGAUGCAGAUGAUGGAUCAGAAAUAGACAUGACAAAUGCAAUCGACGAAAUUUGGAAAAGGUGGAAGUCAUUAGAUGUUGUAGGAAAAAGAGCAUUAAAAAACAGAGUGUGUGAGAUUGCUUAUCCGACUACAACAAAGAUGUGUCCACCGCCUGAAAAAAUUAAAACCAAAGGAGGGGUUAAGAAGAAAGGGAAGAGACCUGUGGGAUAUGAUGUUUAUCGUGAUCCUUCAGAAUAUGAGUAUGUUGAUCAAGCACAUUCGAAUUACAUCAGACCAUUUAUUGAUGACAUUGUUGAUGUAAGAGAUGAUGGAAAUUGUGGGUUUAGAGCCAUUGCAUCUUUGCAUGGUUAUGGCACAGAUGGAUGGUCAAUGGUUCGUCGAGAUUUGGAGAAAGAAAUUAUAGGUCCUAGAAGUCACCUUAGUUUGAGUUACUUUCCUAUGACGAGUGCACAUUCACCUAAUGCAUCCAUUUACUGCAUCGGAUUUGUCAAUGGAAAUCAUUGGCUUCAGGUAAACAUGAAUGAAGGAUUCCCGUUGCCACCUGUCACAGCUGAUUGGACGAAAUAUCGCACAAAAGAUGCAACUUCUUGGAUGGUAGGAUUUGUCGGGCGGUUACAACAUUGGCAACGGCUAAUGCCUAUACUACCAAAAUAUGUCAGCUUAGAUUGA